AGCUGCAGAACCGAGAAAAUCUUUUCUAGAAAGAUGAACCCAUCAACGAACGAAACUACCGAAACAAAGGCGUGUAAAUUCAAUUUGGACUACCAGAUUUCUAUAUCCAUUCUGUUUGUCGUGACAUUUGUGCUGUCCGUCGCCGAGAAUAUCUUAGUUUCCGUCGCCAUUGUCGUCGAUAGAAGACUCCGCAGGCCUUCCAAUGGCUACCUAUUGAGUUUGGCGCUGACUGAUAUAUGCAUCUCACUCGGACUGAUACCACUGGAACUUAUAUACGUUUGGUCGUAUCCAGAAUGGCCUUUGGGUCCCAGAGAAACGAAUGUUUUUAAUUCAGUUUGGUUUUUCUCGAUAGCAGGUUCGUUUGUCGCUGUGUUGGUGAUCACAGUGGAUCGCUACAGGGCAGUCAUGUCUCUCGUGCGCUACAGAGGAGUUGUAUCUUGGGGCAGAACCUUGGUGAUUACCACACUGGUUUGGCUGUACGUAGUGGUUGUGGUAAUACUGAUGAGAGUACUUUCCUUUAAAACAGCAUUGGGAAAAACGUAUGAUUGGGACGUGAACUGUAAAUUUUACUACGCGUUUCUGGCGGUGCACAUAGCUCUCCCAUUGUUGAUAAUUUGUACUUUGUACUACAAGAUCUACAAGAAAGCGGUGGAGAAUCGCCAACAACUUUUGUCACGUGGCCGGGUGCAUCCGGGCACCACUGCUGCUUCCGAUACAGUGAUAGAAACUAGAGUAGAAGUUAAAAUGGCAAAAACUGUUGGCCUUGUAAUCAUGUUUCUGGUCAUUAUAUGGAUACCAGUUUUGAUUGUGGAAAUCUUUUAUGCAAGAAGAAGUCAUUCUUGUAUUAUAGAGAAGCUGGAUGUUGUCAGUGUAUGGUUAGCCUGUAGUAAUGGAAUGGUUAAUCCAGUGGUUUACUCUCUGAGGAACAAAGACUUUCGCCAUGCUAUUUUGGAACUAAUCCACUGCAAAAGAGCAAGGUCUGCCAGUAUAUUAGCUUAGAAAUAAACAUUCUAAGGAAUUAAUUAUAACCGAAGGUUGGUUUGUUUUUUAAUUGGGUCCCCCCGGCCUGGGGCUUCCCAGUUUCAGUUGGAUUAGUUAAUCAUUAGUAAUGUUUAGUUGAAAGCAAACUUAGUUGAAAUCAGAGUACUUGGUAAAUUCUUCCAAUCAAACAACACUCAAUAUUUUCACUGCAUGAUUUUCACUGAUAUUGCACAGCCUUUUCAGCCAAAUUAACCAAAAUUUCAACAACAAGCAUUGUUUUUCCACUGGAACACGAAAGUGAAUCUAGUAACCCACCCUGCCUGGCUAAUACCAAAAGGACCUGGCUUAGCGCUAAACCACUGGAGCUGCUCCAGCUAAUAAGACAAUUCAGCCAAAUCAUUCAAGACUAAGCAAUCUGGUUAUUGUUCAAUCAUAAGGUACUGAAAUAUGAUCAUAAUAUACAUUAAGGUUUGAAUUAAUGAUAAACUAAUUGCAACGUGAACUUGUCGAAUAUCAGGCAUGUAAAAUCACAGGCCUCCCAGAAAUAGAUUUAUGUAAGCGUAUCGAGUGGAACGUGACUACCUAAAGUACGCGAUGUUGUGUUACAGUUCAGGCCGUUGAGAAUUUUAGCGUUCUACAAGGCACUGCAAGGAGUUUUAAAUAAUGAGGGAUAAAAAUUAAACGCGUGACGAAAUAAAAUGUUAGCUUUUUUUGAAUAAAAUAAAGAAAGUAUACUCACCUAAACUGGU